AUGGACAUCCUUGAUCGCGACAUCGAGAAGGCUGAGCGAGAUGCCAGCCCGGACCGUUUCCCUACAUACGGCCAAAACCAGCGCGCAGCCCGGCACGAGUCUCUAGAACGAACUGUCACCGCCACCUCCAGUGGUUCUUCCUCGACAUCCUCUUCAGAAGCGUCUGUAGUACGAGAAGAGAUUGGCAUGUCGAGGAUACCUACGGUUCACGAAAGCGCUGCGGAACUAGACCGCCAUCCUACUGCUCUAAGCCGUAUACAGACACAACGAAGUCAGCACAGUCAGACAGUUGGGGCGAAUUUGACCUCGCGGUCAAGAAAGUCGAACAAGCCAUUGCCGCCGUUUGGAGCAGGCAAACCCUAUCCUCCGUCCUUGCCUGCACAAGAAGAAUAUGUGGUGGAGUUUUCGGGCCAUGAUGAUCCAAUGCACGCGCAGAAUUGGCCGCUGAGAGAGAAGCUUGCAGUUGCCGCUAUGCUUGGGUAUACCACUCUUGUCGCAGCAUUCGGCAGCAGUAUCUUUUCCGCCGCCACACAAACCAUCGCAACCGUGUUCGGGGUGUCCACCAACGUAGGCACACUCGGAGUAUCGCUUUAUGUAUUGGGCUUCGCCACUGGACCAUUGAUUUGGGCACCUGGAUCUGAGCUGUAUGGCCGUAGGAAGCCGUUGAUCAUCGCAAUGUUCGGCUUCUCCAUAUUCUCUAUAGGGGUAGCCGUCGGCAAGGACAUUCAGACAGUGCUGCUCUGCCGGUUCUUCAGCGGCUUCUUCGGCGCCUGCCCCUUGACCGUUGUUGCGGCCGUUUUCUCGGACAUGUUCGAUAAUCGUACCAGGGGUAUUGCGAUCACACUGUUCUCCAUGACGGUCUUUAGCGGUCCGCUGUUGGCACCUUUCAUCGGCGGCUUUAUCGUCAUGUCUGAUCUCGGUUGGAGAUGGACCGAAUAUAUCGUCGCGAUCAUGGGAUUCCUUGCCUUCGGCGUCGACACACUGUUCUUGAGGGAGACCUAUCCUCCAAUCAUCCUGGUCGAGAAAGCAGCGGAACUCCGUCGACGAACGAAGAAUUGGGGCAUCCACGCGAAGCAAGAGGAAAUCGAAAUCGACCUACGCGAACUCCUGGAGAAGAACUUGAGUCGGCCACUUCGUCUGCUCUUCACUGAGCCCAUCGUCUUCCUGCUCAGCGUGUAUAUGGCUUUCAUCUACGGUCUUCUCUACCUCUUCCUGACCGCGUACCCGAUCGUGUUCCAAGGGAUUCACGGCAUGAACCUAGGUGUUGGCGGCCUUCCGUUCUUUGGUAUGAUCAUCGGUCAGCUGCUUGCAGGCUUGUUCAUCGUCCUCCGGCAGCCGGGUUAUCAGCGCAAGCUGGCGGCGAACAACGACGUGCCGGUCCCAGAAUGGCGACUUCCUGAGGUCAUCAUUGGGGGCGCUGCUUUCGCCGCAGGCUUGUUCUGGUUUUCGUGGAGCGGCUACAGAGCAGACGUGCACUGGAUUGUUCCAACGCUCAGCGGUCUCCUGACCGGUUUUGGACUUCUGUCGAUCUUUUUGCAAGCUCUCAACUACUUGGUAGACGCCUACCUGAUGUUCGCGGCCUCUGCCAUCGCAGCAAAUACGUUCUUGCGCUCGCUCUGCGGGGCUGCCUUUCCAUUGUUCGCCAGACAGAUGUUCCAAGGCCUUGGCGUCAACUGGGCGGGCACGUUGCUCGGCUGUCUCGCUGCCGUUCUCGUGCCUGUGCCUGUGUGGUUCUACCUGAAGGGGGGUAAGAUCCGACAGAGGAGCGCCUUUGCACCAACGGCCAAGCCUGAAGAAGAAAGCGAGUGA